UGAAAGGAGUUGUUCCCCCUUCAUUGGGUUCAAUCGAAAAACUGAAUCAUGUGACCGCAAUGUUACUUUAUUUCCUGUAAAAAGACUAUCGAAAGAACUAAACGUGGGCGUAAAUACGUAAUGGACCUUCAGGACAAUCUUAAUGAAAUGGCAGUGUCAUCUCUAUGAUGCAUAUUCAAUCAUGAUAUAAAGAUUUAAUAAUCAAAAUUCCAUGGCUGAGUCUACAUCAGCAGAACCAGACUGGACUCACAUCUUGGUAGAAACAUCUAGUCUGGAUGAUGUAAAGGGUGCACUCAGAGGUUCAUCUAGACUAAAGUUUACAUGUAUUGAUGUGUCAUCUAAGUUUCUGGCCUUUGGUAGCAAUACAGGCAGUGUGUAUGUGUUUGGAAGAUCUAAUCACAAACAUCCACAGAUUAUAUUCCCUGAAAUCGAACCAGCACAAGUUAACUGUGUAUCAAUUAGUCCAAUAGAUAAAUCAGUUGCUUUUUCUACAGUGAAAGGACAUGCUGUAGUUGUGGAACUGAGCACAGAAAAAGGUUCACGACAAAAACCUGAGAGGUUGCGAUUGAUUACUGACCAUGUUCAGUCAAUUGUGACCAGUAUUACUUGGGAUACCACAGGAAGUAAACUAUAUACAGGGGACAAUCUUGGGAGAAUUUAUGCUACAUCUAUACCUAGUACAAAAGUACAGAAUUUUGUAUCACUACCACCUGAGAUCAUUCUCAGAUUAGAUUCUCCUAUCUGUCAAGUGGAUUUCUCAGAAGAUAAACUACUGGUGUCUACUUUACAGAAAUGCUAUCUGUGUUAUACAACAAGACAAAAGUUUACCCACAUAGGAACUAAAUUAAGAGAUGGUGAGUAUGGAGCAUGUUUUUACAGACAGCCGAGUACAGGGUUAUACAGAAUAUAUUGUGCGAGACCUGGAUCUAGAAUAUGGGAGGUUGAUAUAGAAUGUAAUGUGUUAUGUACACACAUGUUUAAACAAUUGUUAGCUAUACCUGCUCUGCCUAUGGUCAGUAGUGUGGACUAUUACUGGAAGGCACCAUUGAAAGAAAAUAGUGAACCUAAAAGUGUGGCUUUUCCUAAACUGAAGACUACAAGAGAAAACUUUCUGUUUACCUGGAAUAAGACUAAUCUCUAUGUCCUUGACCCUGUCAACAUCAUGGUCAUAUUCUGGACAGACAUGGGAGCAGAUAUUCAAAAUGUAGUUAGCAGCGACAAUUACCUCUUUGUAUUUUACUGCAAUGGAAACAUUCAAAAGACCAAGAUUUAUCCUAUUCCUCAAUGUGUUUCAUUUCUUAUUUCAAAAAAAUCUUGGAUUCUAGCUGAAGAAAUUUAUAGUUAUUUUUGUACAUGGAUUUCAAAAAUGAGAUGGAAAAAGUAUAUCUCUGUUGAAGACUUAAAAAAAUUAAAAGAACAUUGUAAAAAUUCGGGUAAUGAAACUAUAGAAAGUGUAAUAGACAAUAUGGUGUCCUCAUAUCCCGUCCAGCAUGAUAGCGAAUCAUCAGGACUAGAAGAUUCCUUUUCAGAUAGAAGCCGAUCCAGUAGUAAUGCUUCUAUACAAAAACUGGAAACUGGGAUAUAUAGGAUAAAUAGUCAGCCUUCAUUAUUAUCACCUGAGAUCAGGAGUAUUCCGGAAGAUUUUCAUUCAAGUUUUACUGCCAGUAAAAAUCCAGUCUUAACAAACUUAAAAUCAGAAAUUUUUGGAUUGAUGGAUAGUACUACUAAAGAAGUCAAAAUUGAAAAAGAAAAUUUGAGUUUCAAAAGUGAUUUGACCUUUGGAAAAGACGCAAUGGAUUCAAUAAGUAAUAAUUUGUCUGAAAAUUCGUUUAAUGUCACUCAGCGUUCAGAUUUGACUGUAAACGGUACUGAUAAUCAACAAAGAGAAUUUGAUAUUUUAUAUACACGUAAAGAUGAGCUUGAUAGUGAAAAAAGGGUUAUACUUUCUGAAGAAAUAGAAAAUGAUAAUUUUGAAAAUGAAACAGUAUUAAAAAAUGCACUUAAUGAUCCCACCAAAGUUAUAGUGGAACACACUGAACCUAUCAUCAAUGGAACUGAAAGUACCUCUGGCGUUGAUACUGGUAUAGUUAUUGAUUUACACAGAUCAAAUAAAACAUACAUGAAUGAGGAAAUGGAAACUGAAAGUAGAACUUUUGUAAAUGACCACACAAAGCAGCAAAGUGAAAGUAGAAUAACUGUAAAUUGCAUUCAAGAAACUGAGGAAGAUAUAUUUGCUGAAGAAGAUUCAAAAGCAGUCCUAGCCAUAGUUGUGAAUGAUGCCACACCACUUGUAGUAUCUAGACAACCAUCUAGACAGAGAAAGAAAAAACCUAGAAAGGGAUCUGUCAAUACAUUGGAAGAAGAGGGGCAAACUAUCCCACAGAAAGGAAUGAGAAGAAGUAAAAGUAUGGGAUCAAUAUCUAGGAGUGUAGAAAAAAAACUACAGCACAGACAGUCUAUAGAAGAACCUCUUACUGAAGAAUGUUUAUCUCAGCCUGUACAGGUCAGUCAUGUUGACUUUGACAAUAAAAGUCUAGGAGAAGGCAGUAGUAACUCUUCUCCAUCAAGUUCUCUGCCUCAGUCAUGGGAAAGUUCUAACAGUGAAAUGUUUAGUGGACUCAGGAAAAAGUCAAUAACGAACAAACUUGACAGUGUGCAAUCAAUGCUUACUACAAAGAAAAACAAGAUUCUGCAGGCAAUCAAAUCAAAAAAGCUACCAAGGUCACCAGGUAGAGAAGGAAGAGGUACACCAGAUACUGUGUCUUUAGAUAGUAUGGAUGGAAUCAUAAUCUCAGCCGACAAAGUACAGAAAGAUUUGGUGGAGUUAGCACCAGUUGUCAAAGGUCCUAUAGAUCUCUCUAAUUUACAGAAAAGUACAGAGGAGACCAGAAAACUGUUGCAAGAUGUCAACAUUUUACUUAAUCCUGUAGAGUUACAAAAGACUCUGUCUGAUUGGAUAAAACACCUCAACCAAUCACUUUAUCAGUUACAUACAUUCCUUUAUGUUGAAAGAAUGAGAAAAUUUCACACAUGUUCCAAAGUAAAACAUGAAAGUAGUCAAACAGCUGACCAACCACAUAGUUUAGAGCAAAGUGGAGAAGAAAAUGUCAUUAAUUCUGGAAUUGGUAAUUCUAAAUUAAAUGAAGGUCAUUUGAAGAUUAAAAGUGCUGAUGCAAUUUCUACAGGAUCAAGCCAAUCAAUCAAAAGUAAAACUUUUCAUCAUUUAGACCAUUUGAUUGAGGAAGAGAAUUUAGACUUUGGUCAAAUCUGUUUUGUCAAUGACCCAUUUCUAAUGGAAAGUGAUUUUCAACAGAACGUGGCAGAGUUAACGGAAAUGUGUUUUGGUUGUGGUUGCCAUGGUGAUGUUUCAAAUUUCACCAUCCCUAAUUUCAAAGAUUUGCAUGAUAUUGAAAUAUGUGAUAAGUGCAAUGAAAUACUCAAUGUAGAAAAAUCUAGCAUUUAUAUUCUCCACCAGAGAGAUUCUGGUUUUAGUGACAGUGGUGAAAUGAAGCAAGAUUCCAAAACCUCUAAAACUGAAACAGCGCCAGGUUUUGGUUAUCUUGAACAGGAAGAAACCAGUCCUAUAGAAUUGAUCAAUAAUGAACCACUUAGAGAUAUUGUUGAAAUUGAGAGCUCCAAAAAAUUAGAUGACUCUUUUUUAGGGCAAAUAUGUCCUGACACGACCAAUGAAAAAACUAACACCAACUUGACUGGUCAAAGUGUACUAGAAUGUAGUAGUUCUACAGAUGCUGUAGAUACUCAUGAAAAGUUAGAAGUAGUAUUAAAAGAGGAGGAUUGCUCUGAAGACUUAGAUAGUCUCUCUGGUCCAGUAUCAAAUAGCUCUGACAAAAGUAUCUUAAGCCUAUCUGACAGUAUUCCAGAUACUCAUUCUUUGGAAUCUGAUAAAAACCAGGAAACAUCUUUAGUCAAUGAAAAUGGGACAGACAAAUGUCACCAUAGUAAGACUUUGUCAAUAAAUGAAGCUGUAGUCAAUGGCAACCUGAGCAGUGAACCGUGCAAAGACAUUAAACGUCAUCCAUGUUAUUAUUGUCAUCAGUGUCACACAAUUUGUUUCCAUGGUAAACAUUCAAAGAAAGAAUGUUUAGAUUUUCAGACAUUUGUUCAAAGUUACUUCUUUUUAUUGGAUAUUGAUAAUUUAAAGAACAAAGCUUACUGCUGUGAUGAACAGUCAUACCAAAUUUGGUGUGGACUGGUCAAUGCUUUAAGAGAGUGCUGCAAAGAAGAUGUACCAUAUAAUAGAAUGGAACAAGAGUUGUCUACAAUGACUGAUUUAUUGAGGUUGGGAGAAUUUCAACAAAGUAAAACAUUAGGAUAUAUAUCUAGGUUAUUUGAGCUCAAGCCAACAAAAGCUAUAGACCUGUGUGUAGAUGUUGCAACAGUUUGUCCUCAGGACAUUUUAUUCUUCUGUGACCUUUAUUUGCUGCCAGUGGAGACCUACUUCUAUAAAUUCAUGAAAGCAAGGGUUACAGACAGUCCUGGGCACAGUUUUUAUGAAAAUGAAAUGAUUGUUAAGAAAUGGCUAGAAAUAUUACUCCAGACUGAAAACCAUAAAGAGAAAGUUAUGGAUGAGAGCUGUAUUCCAAGACCAUGGAGCCACUGUUUGAAAUGGAAUGACCAAGACAUAAUUGAUCAUGUGAUAUCAGUAACCAAUGAAAAUGUAAUACAGCAUCAUUUGAAUCUAUGCAAGAAAGAGGGAUAUUGGAAUGGUUUGCUAGUUUUGUUGAAACAAAAUGAAAGAUUGGAAGAGAUGCUGAUGCUUAUACUGUACAUUAAUGAUGUCAAACUCCUGGAUAAUAAUCAACCUAAUGGAAUACUUCCAAGUUCAGUGGAAGAUUGGAAAUGGUUUCUGGAUCAGUAUUCCUCAUUAAAUUGCCAAAAUACUACAGCCACUGACACUGAUCAAUCAAAUGAGCAGUUAGUGUCAUGGUCAGAAGGGGCAGAUGACCAUAUCACGCCUCAGUGCACACCAAUCACCUGGAAUGCUAUAGGACAGUUUAUGUUACAGAACUUGGGACCAGUUACUACAGUCCAGGUUAUAAGAGACUGUAACUUGACAGAUGAGAUGUUUUUACUCCCAUUCUUCCAAUCAUGUGUUCUCAGUUCAUUCAUCCAUAGACAACAAAGAAAUGUUACACACAGUUUACUGGAAAAGUUAGAUUCUUACCUAUGGACAAAGAAACCAAAUACACUUAUGCCUGAGUUACAGUUCUUAGUGAACAGUCAGAAAGAAGGGAUUACAGAGGAUGUAAGAAUAGAAGAGCAGGACAGCAUGCUCUAUAUGACCACAGAUCAUAGUUUGACUAGCAGACGUUACAGAGAGGAUAUGGAGAGUCAUUGGGGUACAAGUACCAAAAUUAAUAGGAGUUGCAGAAACUGUAAUAUUCAAUUAACAGAGACAGUAUCUCAUGUGGAACCUGGAGUACUCAUAUUUCCCUGUGGGCAUGGAUUUCACAAGUUUUGCUGUCCUCUAAGAGAGUGUAUCAUUUGUCUGGAAUUUGAAUAACAGAACAAGAUAGUCCAUG